CAGCUUCCGUUUUUACAACAUCAAAUGAAGCCCUCAACGUGAAAGCAUUGCCACUUCUACGGAACUCAAUGACUGGGGCCAGAAAAGAUGAUGUUUGAUAUCUUCGAUGGUACCAAGAACUAGAAUUUCUUCUUUAAGAACAUAUCACGAUUGGCCUUGGCGGCACUGGACAGUAUCCGAUCUUUUGACGUAGCAUGCUGCUAGUCAACACAAAGGCCAACUAUAUAGCUGCAACCCAGGUACUCGGAGGGGCAACCACGUCGAUCCAGCUGUGAAAUAUCCUUGCCCCAUCAAACUCCUUUCCUGUCAUGCUCUACGAACUGAGGCCGUUUUGGAAGAAUCAUGGACAGGGUCGAGACAAUCCUCAAGUAAGGGGACGACCAAACGAGUGUUUGGACACAUCCCAAGAGACCCGUCAUCUAUCACAUCAACGGCAAUUCGGAGGUACAUGAUCUCGAUAAGCCUUCUAUCAGCCAAGCUGUUGGUGAUUGGUUGACAGAAGCUCAAAACCUAUUGGGUAUAGUUGAACCGCUUACAUCUCAUGAUAUUCGUCGAGGUGCGCCUUUGAGGCUAGCAACCAACCAGGCUGCGAUUCAAAAGUUGCAUUGGAGCGAGCUCGCGAAUUCCUGGGCCACUCAUACCAGUCCCUACUUGACAGAUCCACGGCAAAAAUACGUCUGUGUCGUGAUGGACGACAUGUGGAAGAAGAGGGUCUACAAUCCAAUCCAGCUCCCUACUAUGGACAUACUUCACAUCACUGCGAACAUUUACCAGUCUCAAAAGACAGGCAAUCACGCAAGAGUGCAUCGACCAUGGCCUUGAUCCGAACUGAGUGGUGAUCGUGUGUUUGCUGCUCAAAGGCCAAAAUUGAAGACUGGAAGCAAUGAAUACCGGAAGAAAAGGCGAAACUUGGUGAUCAUUUUAUCAGCGAUACGAUGCCACUGGCGGACUCCGAGGACAUUAUACAUGCUCCGACCGACGCCUUUGUCGACUCAUCCUACAAGAUCAACGUCUGCCGUUACGAACACACCCGAAAGACUUCACCACGUUGUGCAAAACCAGACGGCAGCAAGGACGAACCAACUCGCUUCCUGUACAAUUGCCAGACCAAGGGCUGCCAUAAGGAAUACAAAAACCUCAAAUGGAUCGAGAGACACCUUGUUCAAGGCUCAAUUUGUUUGUGGCACUUGCAAAGAAGAGUUCCAUUCACGAGAUGACCUCGUUUCUCAUAUUGACGAAACUGAAGAGUGUUCGUCGGAGGACACCCCUAUUGAACAUUUUUGCGUUGAGUGCAAUAAGUUGUUCAACGAAGCAAAGAAGUUGGACGACCACAACAAGAGACAGCAUAGCUGGAUCCCCAAUGUUUGUGACUGGUCAGAUUGCGAGGACCGGACAAUUUUUGAAAUGAAUCUUCAUACAAGUCUCAUCGAGUCAAGCAUCAAACAACUGUAGAUCACUGCUGGGUCAGCACAGACGUCUCUCAAUCUUGUGAUUCUACAUCGCUCAAGCAACAUAUCAGAAGACGUCACCGAGAAGUCAGUGAUGAAGAGAUUAAAGACAAGAUCUCCGCGCUGCCGGUUUGUAAAAUCGCGGAUAGCUCCAAGGACGGCGAGUCUCCCCCCCGAGAAACCCAGUCAUCAUAUCCCAGCUCAUCUAUCACUUCGAGUUCAUCAAUCAGUCCCAUUCGAACGGUCACUCUACGUUCGUCGGCUAAACUUCAACCACCUGCCGCUUUUCGCCCACAGGUUAAAUCAGAACCAGCUGCAACUCCUUGUCUCAACUCAUCUAUCAUUCGAUCAGAUAUGAUCAAAUCGUGUUCUACAUUUGGGGCGGAAAAAUGGUGAUUCUUAUUAUAUGAUAGAGCCAGCACUUAGAGAGUUUACUAAGUUUAAAUACAGAUUAUCCUAAG